GGCGCGAAAAUUUAACUUUUUUUUAAACUUUAGCUGAAAUGCUAACGUUUUCAUCCACUGCUAUUUCUUCCUUUAUUUAACGUGUUUACAUCAUAAUUAAGUCCACCUGACGUGUUCCUGUCGACAGGUGGAGCAACAAACAUGACAGGUGGGGACAUAAUCCACGACAAGACCCACUUCAGACACGACCCGAGGUGGAGCGGGCGCCUGGGGCCUGCUGAGGGGGGCGGCCUGCUGCUCUGUGUGACCUGUGUGAUAGAGAUGAUGGAGAGGGAGGAUGUAGCGUCUGUGAGGAAAUCGUUUGUCCUGUCCAGUAUCAGCGGGGUGUUGAGGUGUUCCCCCGGGGUCCUGAGAGGGCUGCUCCAGCAGGACCACAGAGUCUGUCUGCAUUUCACAGCUUCUCUCCUGGGGAUGCUUCGCUCCAAGGAGGACCCGACCACCCUGGGAAAGGUUGAGCAAGUGCUGGUUCAGCUGCUUCUGGAGCUCCAGAGUGAGCCGUCAUACCGUUUUGUUUUGGAUGAGAUACACGAACAGUUCAGGGACCAGUUCGGUAUGAACGCCUUCCUGCCUGUUUUCAAGUUCUUGGGGAGCCUGGUGGAAGCGGUCCCCGACCUGGCUCACACCCUGGUUACUCAUUACGCCCCGCUGCUGGAUCACCUGUGCUCCGCCCUACUGUACCCAGAUGAAGCGCUGAAGGCCUCGGUCCUGUCCGUGUGGCUCAGACUGUUCAGGACAGCUGGAGGCUUGGCGGGUCAGUCCUUACCCGCCACCAUCAGAGACAGAGUGUGCAUCCUGUUACUGCAGACUUUAGCCAACGCCAGCUCCCCUCAGCUCAUCAAUAAGUGCACCGGCCUGCUGUCGCUGCUGGUUCAGCUCAGAGAGGCUGUGUCAGUCCUGAUGACCAGCUCCAGUAUUCAGGUCAUGGGCAGUGAGAACCAGAUCGUCCACAGCAACAACAGCCAAAACCAAGAGCAACAGUCCCCCGACCAUUGCCCUCUGCCCCUCAUACUGAAAAAGCUGCUGCUGAGCGGUGAUGAGACGUUACAGGCGACCAGUGCCAAGUGUAUCGCGUCCGUCCUGGUUCAUUCUCCCAGUCAGUACAGUGCUCCCUUUAUCAAGGCAGACACACCAGAGUUCCUGUUCGACCGUCUGGCCUGCAGCAGUAAUGAGGUGCUGCUGUGGUCUGUUUACAGCUGUCUGGUGCUGCUGACUGAGGACCCUCUCUUCUUCUCUCAGUGUCACUCUGUGUACGGUAUCGAGUCCCUGGUGCGCAGUCUGCAGGAGGCUCUGCGGCUGACCAACAUGGAGGUGCCAAAACAAGGUCUGCUGCUCCUCGCAGAGAUACUGGAGAGGCAGCCCCCAAACGUGCGUCUGUUCCCCAGCAGCGGAGGGUUUGUGGCGGUGUCGGAGGCUGUGGUCGCUGGAGUCUCCUCACACUGCAUGCUGGUAGCUGCACAGGCUGCCAGCGCUGCCUCCGCCCUGCUCAGACUGAACCACCAGUCCAUCCCAGUCCAGUACAGACAGAUCGAGGGGCUGAUCGAGGCCAUCACGCUCAGAUUCUCCGAGCUGACCCCGCCUCAUCCCGUUCGUCAUCGCAGCUCUGUGAGUCUGAGGAGGUCAGACCCAAGCAGUCAGGCUUCCAGGUCAGAGGGUUUUCUGCUGCAGGCCUUGAUCUGUUUCCAGGCUGCCUGCAGACUGUGUGAGGAGUGUGCAUCAGAGCCGGCUCUGAAGGAGAACACGUUCACGGCUCCAUCCAAACACAGCCACGCUCAGGACACACUGGACUCUCUGUGCCAGAGUCUGCUGCGCUGCUGUGACUCCGUCUGGAUACCAACCGUCAUUAGGAUGUGUGAGCGUGCUCCCAACGCUCGGUUACUGCAGCACUUUUACUCCAUCCUGUCAUCCCUGUUCACCCUCCUUCCAUCCCUCAUGCCUGUCUUUGCUAAAAAGCUCGCGUCCUCUGGUUUCUACCGGCUGGCUCUGGAACACAAAGGGCACCUCUGUGCAGGAAACAGGAACCCAGUUCUGAAUGCGUCUUGCUGUGGUUUUCUACAGAAGCUCAGUAUGAGUCUGCUCGCACAGUCAGACCCUUCUUCAGGCUCACACCAGCAAGAUUUUGAAGAGGUGGAGAAUCUCCUGCUGUACAACCUUCCCUCUCUGUGUUAUCGUCUGUCAGACUGGCCCUCUCUGCUGCGAGAGGCCCCUGGUCUCCAGCUGUGUGACUACAAAGGACCGAGGGCCACUCAGUACUGUUUGCUGAUACUGCUGCAGCUCGCCCUGCAGCAAGGAGACAGGCUCCUUCCAGACCACACAGUGUUCUCCUGCGUGGUGUGGCUGCUGCACACUGUGCAGGAUCAGGGCAGCUGUGCCGUGCCGCUCCCCGUGCUCCGCUCUGCCCUCUACCUGCUGGCUGUGACGCAGGACAAGAGCCCCAGUCUGGAAAGGGCCCCUUUAAACUGCAUUAGCAAGGCGCUCUCCUCCUGCCAAAGCUUCUCCUCCCUCUACAUCCACCACCCUGCACUCCUCCACUUCAUCUGUCGCUACCCGGAGCUUGCAGAGAAAUUUGGAUCCCUGGUCCUGGAGCUUUGGUUGACCAGGAAAGUGGAGCACUCAGACGCACAGCAGAGGAAAACGCUGCCAGACUCACAUGAGAAUGGAGAGAAGAGAGAGAGCCCAGCAGAUGAUUCAGUGACGCACAGAGACACCGUGGAGCUCCUGACUCUCGUUGAGAAGCAUCCGGCUGUUACACUGACCCUCCUGGACAUGGUCUGCACCCGAGAAGCCCUCCUGGCAGAGCGAGCCCUGGGAGUGCUGGAAGUUGUUGUGCACAGUCAAAGAGAAUAUGAUGCUGACUUGUGUACAAAUCUGAGGCCAGUGCUGCUCCAGGCUUUACAGAGGCUCAGCUUGGAGAACAUGAGACACAGGCUCGGGCAGGGACACAGUGAGCAGGUGAACUCACUCCCUCUGGUGCUGAAGCUGCUUUGUGUGAUGCAGGCCAGUGACCCACCUUCAUCAUCCUCUUACAGUAAGAUGGAUGGAGUUCACUUCAAGCUGCUCUACCACGUGAGUAAUAUAGCAGGGAGAUUGAAGCCUGCCAACACAGGGAGCCUGUUACCUGCCCUCAAUUACCUGUACUGCAGCCUGAGUCUGUCCCCUGCUCACUGCACAGACCGAGCUGUCUCCAUGCUCCUCUCCAACAGUGGACUGAUGGACCAGCUACAGACAGUCCUCUCCUCCUCCUCUGCUCCAUCCCUCUCUCCAUCAGCCUGUCCUCCUUCAGCCCUGCUGUGUUGCUGCCAUCUUCUCCUGUCCUCUCUCAUUACCCUGCAGCACUUUCACUCCCCUCAGGUCCAUAAGAGCCUCAGAUGGAGUCUGGACUCAGCAGUGCAGAGACUCCUCGUUCAGAAAAGGAACACGGACAAUCUGCUGCUGGUCAGCUACCUGAAGUUGCUGCAGGCUCUGCUCGACGUGGACCUGGUUUCGGGUGUGGUGCGUUUGGGUUCUGGUUCUGGUUUGGUCGGGCUCAAGCCUCUGGGAGUCGAAGAUGGUGCUCUGUACCCGCUUGGAGCCAGAGGCGCCAAACUCCUCGCCACCGCUCUCAGUGGACUUCUUCUGCAGGUUGUACUUCUCAGGGUUUUAUAAUCGUCACUCUAUUAAAACAGAGGCUGAAGUCAUUUUUUUAGUUUGGGAAAACACAAAAAACCUUACCAAAUGCAGAGCAUGUGAUAUUUAUUAAUCAGUUCAAUCAAAAAGGGCUUGGCAGUGGAUGAAUGUUGACAUACA